AUGACGACUCGAGCUCUUCUCACACGCACAGCCCAUACAGCAAGAGGAUCCAUCCGAUUCCUCUCCCACUCCACUGUUACACGGAACGCCUCCCAACCAGCCCCCGUCUCGUCCUCCUCUUCUUCCGCAAAUCCGCACGCCGCACGCCUCGCCGCCGCCUCAGAAGACUCCCGCUCCCGCCUCGCAAAGCUUCAAGCACAGCGCUUGGAAGAACUUAACCGAGGUCGUAGCAGUGGCUCUUCAUCAUCAGGACGAACCAACAAACCCGAACAAAAAUGGUCGAACCGUACCCUGAUCGCACUGGCAACGUCCGUGGGAGCAUGCACGUACUUGAUGGGUACCUAUCACGGAUACAAUGCGGGUAAAGCAUAUGUGCUGGAAGAGCAGCAGCUGACUGCGGGAUCGACGAGCGCACCGGUGACCGCUGCACCACCAGCUGCUUCCGGUGCAAGAGUACCUGCUUCCACCGUGCCGACACUACCUGCCUCGGAUGCAGCUUCCACAUCAACAGGUGCCAUCUCCGCAGCUCUACUCCAGCUCCUCCCAACAAGACCUUCCCUUCACUGCGAACCAGCUCCCACCAAUCCCACUGCGCCAGCUAAGUGUCGAUUGGCAGAACUCACCCAGUACCACUGCGAUCUACAAACCAACCGCGUCGUCUGCCAACCUAUCGACCGCAUCUUUCGCCUGUAA